UUUCAAAAAGCAUUAAAAAGAAUAAAUAUGCAACAAACAACAGUAAAAGUAAAGUGUGGAAAACCCGUUUUUAAAUUUAAAUUUCGUACAUUAAGAGCGAUAGGGAUUGUGGCAUCGUUAAUGUGCGGUGCUAUUUUUUUGUACAAUUUAAACCUGGUUUAUGUUGCAUUUCAUAUAAGAUAUAACAUUGGAGUUUAUAUAGAUAUGCUUUCCGCAAAUGGAAGAGUUUUGCCAAUGUUCCUGGUGAUCACAGCACUUGCUAUAUCCAUCGUGGAUAUUUGCGUAAUGUUUUACUUGGGGAGAGCUUUCAGCAAAACGAAGAACAAGCAUAUAAACUUUAUGCUUUUUGUAAUCGUUCUUGUUAUCAUUGGAUCGAUUUGUUUUAUUUUCUUUAUGUGCAUACUGAUUUUAAGUCAUUCGUAUUCAAAGCGCCAACAGAUGCAUGAUGGAAUUGUAGAUGCAAUGAUGAAUUAUUCCAAAGAUUCCUUAACGAAAGAAACUCUCGAUAACAUGCAAGUUGAAUAUGAAUGUUGUGGAAGCAAAAAUUACUCAGAUUGGUAUGAUAUUAAAUGGUAUGAUGCUAAUUUAAUCAAUACAGGAAAAUUUCCAAGUUUAAAAGGUGAGGCACCUUUUAGUUGUUGCGCCAUCCAAUCUGUUUAUCCUUGUAUUCAUCAUGGAAUAGAAGUAGCUGCUGAUGCUUAUCUUUAUAAGAAAGAUGCCAACAUUAGUGUUUCAACUGAAGGUUGUCAUACAAUGAUUUUAAAAAAGAGGGAAGCUUGUGGAUGGACUUUAGUGUUGAGAUUGUUCGGUUUAGCUUUUUUACAGACAAUUGUUUUAAUUGGGAUGAGACUUGUACAAACCGGUCAUUCAGAAAGAAAAUCUUUUGAUCGCGAGGAACGUUUAUAUACAUGUUGGUUAUUUGGUUGUUAUGCUGGAAAGACUAAAAGUGUUGUUCCACCUCCAGUUCCACCUUUACCACCAGAAUUAUUAGAAUAAUUUGAAUUAAAUAUUAGACCUUACAGCCAUCUAUCCGAAACCAUUCCAAAUUCGAAAAGAAAUUUAUAAUCUUUAUUUACACAUAAAAAUGCUGUUAUCUCACUAA